CUUUGUCAUUGCGACGUCCUCUCAGCUCCUCCUCACAUCCGGUCGUAUAUAUGUUGCCACGAGUUAGCGGCGAAUUUGGAGUGUCCAUUUUGAGCAGCGAGUCGGCGUCUCCGGUAUUUUCCUCUUAAAUCUCUUGAAGAGCCCACCGUCAGAAUGGCAGACGCUGAUAAUCUCCUCAUGGAGACAUCGGACCAGAACGGCAACGAGGGAGAGGACGACCAGAACGGAGCCGAGCAGGAGCUGAUGGGUGGAGAGGAGGAUUGUCUGGAGAGCCAGGAAGGUCUGGAGAGCCAGGAAGGUCUGGAGGGCCAGGAAGGUCUGGAGGGCCAGGAAGGUCUGGAAGGCCUGGAAGGUGGCGCAGAUGGAGGCAAGAUUGACGCCAGCAAAGGAGAGGAGGAUGCUGGUAAAAUGUUCGUGGGCGGCCUCAGCUGGGACACGAGUAAAAAGGACCUAAAGGAUUACUUCAGUAAGUUCGGCGAGGUUUCAGACUGCACCAUCAAGAUGGAUUCAAACACUGGCCGAUCCAGAGGCUUUGGCUUCGUUCUCUUCAAAGACUCCUCCAGCGUGGAAAAGGUGCUCGAGCAAAAGGAACACAGACUGGACGGACGUCCAAUCGACCCCAAGAAGGCAAUGGCCAUGAAGAAGGAGCCCGUAAAAAAGAUCUUUGUCGGGGGUUUGAACCCUGAGGCCACGGAGGACACCAUCAGGGAAUAUUUUGGAGCCUUCGGAGAGAUCGAAACCAUUGAGCUUCCCAUCGACCCCAAAUCAAAGAAAAGGAGGGGUUUCAUCUUCAUCACAUACAAAGAAGAAGCCAGUGUCAAGAAGUGUCUGGAGAAGAAAUACCACAACAUCCAGGGCGGCAGGUGUGAGCUGAAGAUCGCCCAGCCAAAGGAGGUGUACCAGCAGCAGCAGUAUGGAGCGGGACGUGGUGGUGGUGGCGGCGGCGGUGGUUAUGGAGGCCGGGGCGGCAGGGGCCGUGGAGGUCAGGGCCAGGGCUGGAACCAAGGCUAUGGAAACUACUACCAGGGAUACGGUAACCAAGGCUAUGGUGGAUACGGCGGAUAUGGCAACUAUGACUACACUUCCGGUUACUAUGGAUAUGGUCCCGGAUAUGAUUACAACCAGGGCAAUGGCAGCUACGGAAAAACACCAAGACGGGGGGCACACCAGACCAGCUACAAGCCAUACUGAUGAUCAAGUGGUAGCGCAAGGACUCCAGUGAUCCAGUGAGACCGACGGCUGGAUGGACACACUGGGCAUGACACGACCUCUUUUAUGACAGACGACCAUUUGUACAGAAAACAUCUGAAAUGUAACUUUUUCUUUUUUUUUUUUCUUUUUUUUUAAUCCUAUCAUUUUUAGGUUUUACUUUACCCUUUGGUGGUUUUUGUUUUUUUUCUCUUCCCCUUCCACAUUUCCAUCAAUGGAAGUGUAAUUUUUACUGUACUUUUUGGUACCUGUUUUGAUUCUAAUGUAUUGUAAGGCUUGUAUUUUACAUGUUUGCUGGCUUUACAGGUUGAAAAUCUUGGCGCUGUAAAGGAGCUUUUUUGACAAAUAAACAGUUUUCAGUAAUUUUUUUAUUUUUUUUGGGUUCUGGUGCUUCCAGGUUUUGGGGUGGAAGAUUAUGAAGUUCAAUGAGUUUAGGAUUCAAAUUCAGUUGUCAACAUUGAUUUCUCGGUCUUUUGUAGCCACACAAUUCAAUAAUCUGUAUUGAAGCAAUGUUGAGUAUAACUCAAGAAUUAUGUUUCACAUUCCCUCAGAUCACACUUUGGUGUAUUUUUUUUGCCCUUGGCAGUGUAUCAAGAUUAUUUUUAACCUUAGCUACAAUUACUUAAAACUGAAACGACUGGCUGCAAGCUUCAUCCUUCCAGGACGUUCUGAAUUCACCAAGAAUCAACAUCUGAAAGCCUAGAUGUGUGGGAUGUAAAAGGUGGGGGCGGGGGGGAUGAAUUGACACACAUUUUACAUAAGCAACAUGUUUAAGUUUCUAUGCUGGUUUAGUUUGCGUUUGUCAAGUGUUAUUUUUUUUUUUUUUUUUUUUUUUUUUUUUUU